CCCGCCGCCCCGCCGCUUCGCCGUGCCCGCCGGGGAGGCAUGAGCGACGGAGCGGCCGCGCCGCGCCGCGGUAAGUGUGGACGCCUGUUUAAGUGUGAGAGCAUCAUGGUGGCAUUUAAAGGAGUCUGGACUCAGCCCUUCUGGAAAGCCGUUUCAGCAGAAUUUUUGGCCAUGCUUAUUUUUGUCCUCCUCAGCCUUGGCUCCACAAUCAACUGGGGUGGAGCAGAGAACCCCCUGCCUGUAGACAUGGUCCUUAUCUCCCUCUGCUUUGGACUCAGCAUUGCCACCAUGGUGCAGUGCUUUGGACACAUCAGCGGAGGCCACAUUAACCCUGCUGUCACUGUGGCAAUGGUUUGCACGAGGAAGAUCAGCCUCGCCAAGUCGGUCUUCUACAUUCUUGCCCAGUGCCUUGGAGCCAUCGUGGGUGCAGGAAUCCUUUACCUCAUCACACCACCAAGUGUGGUGGGAGGCCUGGGAGUCACUGCGGUACACGAGGAUCUUUCCGCUGGCCAUGGACUCCUGGUGGAGUUGAUAAUCACCUUCCAGCUGGUUUUUACUAUUUUUGCUAGCUGUGAUUCAAAACGAAAUGAUGUCACUGGUUCAGUAGCUUUAGCAAUUGGAUUUUCUGUUGCAAUUGGACAUUUAUUUGCCAUCAACUACACUGGUGCCAGCAUGAACCCAGCCCGAUCAUUUGGACCUGCUGUCAUUAUGGGGAGAUGGGAAAACCAAUGGGUGUAUUGGGUGGGACCCAUCAUAGGAGCAGUCCUUGCUGGUGCUCUUUAUGAGUACGUCUAUUGCCCAGACGUUGAACUCAAGCGCCGUUUUAAGGAUGUCUUCAGUAAGGCUACCCAGCCAUCCAAGGGGAAGUACAUCGAGGUGGAUGAUAACAGGAGCCACGUGGAGACUGAUGACCUGAUCCUGAAGCCUGGCAUAGUUCAUGUGAUUGAUAUUGACAGGGGUGAGGACAAGAAGGGGAGAGAUCCAUCCAGCGAGGUGUUGUCUUCUGUAUGACUAGCAAGAAGCACUGAAAGCAGAGAGCGGCCUGCUAGCCUGUCCACUGAUAUCCUUCCACCUAUUAAAGAAACAGAUCUUCUCUAAACUGAGCAUCACUAUAUUUUAACAGGUGUGGUGCAGGCAGUUGCCUGGUAGUGGUGUCCCCAAACCAUGUGCCUGCUCAGUUGGAUUAUUAGGACUUUGCUAUAAUUAGGAUUCCCCCCAUCUAGUAGUUCAAAUUAAGAGUUGCUCCUACUAUUUUCCUUUUCCUCUUUCUGGAUCAAUCCCAAAGUAAAAAAAAAAAAAAUUAAAGUAUUCUCCUUUAGUAAAUCAGUCAAUAAGAGAUGAAGAUAAUGUUUAACAUUCAGAUUGACAGUUAAGACAUAUCAGGAAAUUCCUAUAGACAAGAAGACCUACUUAUCAGAUUGUUCUUCUGACACUUAAUUGGCUGUUGUCAGCUUUGAUUACAGGAUUUUAUCCAUUAUGCAUUCUCAGCAAGGUUCAGGAACAACACCAACACUAUUUCAGAGUUUUAUCCACAAGCAAAGGGACAUUGUUUCCACUCACGUACAUAAUUAUUGUCUUGGACACUACUGAAAAAAAUAAUACUUUAAUAUGUUUUAAAUAAAUUCUGUCAGCCCACCAAAUUUCACCUGUGAUUUGCAGUGUAAAUUCUUCAUCCCUUCCUGGGAGUAAAUAUUCUGAAAUUGAAUGUUGAAGUCUACUGUAAUAAGGCUGCAAAACACUUGACUGUACUUCAUGCUCCCUGUUGUCAUUGUCUAUCUGGGUAAAAAUUCUCCUGGGCUUUGACUAUUGACCAUUUACAGUUAGCAGACUUUCAAGGUCA